AAUCUCGUUGCCGAGCGACCCAGCCCUCUCGCUGGCUCGCUCCUUGGAUCUUCUUCCUCCUCGCGCGUGCGCCGCCACCCGUCCCGCUGCCGAGCGCCCGAGCCCCCUAGCUCGUCUUCCUCCUCGCGCAAGCGCUUCCACCGCAGGAAGGAAGGAAGAAGGGUUGUUUGUGGUGAUUUUGUGGUUUGGCUCUGUGGUGUCGCAGUUUGGUGGGAGCUUGGAGGGGCUUGGAGACAGGAGAUUUAGAAGGAAGGGUUGACAAUGAGCAGCCGAAGCCCGCCGCCGAGGGACCGAAGGAUGCGUACUGAACGCACCUCGUACCGUGACGCACCAUACCGGAGAGACAGGGACAGUCGCCAUGGUCGAAGCAGCAGGUCUGAUUUGUGCAACAACUGUAAGCGCCCUGGGCAUUUUGCUAGAGAUUGUCCAAAUGUGGCCGUCUGCCAUACCUGUGGGCUUCCUGGCCACAUGGCAGCUGAGUGUUCUUCUAAAGGUCUCUGCUGGAACUGCAAAGAGCCUGGGCACAUGGCUAACAGCUGCCCGAAUGAAGGGAUAUGCCGCAACUGUGGCAAAUCAGGCCACAUUGCAAAAGACUGCAGUGCUCCGCCAAUGUUGCCUGGAGAAGUGAAGCUGUGCAACAACUGCUACAAACCUGGGCACAUUGCCGUGGAGUGCACCAAUGAGAAGGCCUGCAACAACUGCAGGAAGAGUGGCCAUCUUGCCCGUAACUGCACCAAUGAUCCUGUUUGCAAUCUGUGCCAUGUUGCAGGGCAUUUAGCCCGUGAGUGCCCCAAAUCUGAUGAGAUAAUUGAGAGGGGUGGGCCUCCCCUCCGUGGAAGCGGUGCUCUCUUCCAUGGUGGUGAUAUUCCCUUCCGUGGUGGUGGUGGUGCUCCCUUCCGUGGCGGUGGCUACAGUGACAUGGUCUGCCGGAUCUGCAACCAGGUUGGCCAUAUGAGCCGUGACUGCAUGGAUGGUGCCUUCACGAUCUGCCACAACUGCGGUGGCCGUGGCCACAUGGCUUACGAGUGCCCUUCUGGGAGGCUGCUGGACAGGUUCCCCCCUCGCCGUUACUAAAUGACUUCCAAGUGCCCUUUCAGAUGUUUUCCGUGGCCCGAUUCUGUGUUAUGAAUCAUCAUUUUCAUGUGUUUCAUGUUUCUGAAUGUCAAGCACUCCAGUUUUCUGUAACCUUUAGUCUCUCGCUGUUACUGAAUGAUUUCGGAAGGUUCUUUCAUAUAAGAUUGUACCUUGCGAUAUGAAUAAUUGUUUCCAUGGGUUAGUGUAUCUUUCAGCUAUUUAAAUGGGGUAUUCUGCUGA